CCUCCACCAACCCCAACCAGCGCCUGCCCAAGGUGGAGAUCCUGCGCAACGCCAUCCGGUACAUCGAGAGCCUGCAGGCCCUGCUGCGCGAGCAGGAGGAUGCUUAUUACCCGGAGCUGGAGCACUACAGUGGGGAAUCGGACGCCUCCAGCCCCCGCUCCAACUGCUCCGACGGCAUGAUGGAGUACAGUGGGCCUCCCUGCAGCUCUCGCAGAAGAAACAGCUAUGACAGCAGCUACUACACAGAAUCACCAAAUGAUCCAAAGCAUGGGAAGAGUUCUGUUGUUUCCAGUCUCGAUUGCCUCUCAAGCAUUGUAGAGAGGAUUUCCACAGAUAAUUCCACAUGUUCUAUACUGCCUCCAGUGGAAACUGUUGCUGAAGGGAGUCCCUGUUCCACCCCAGAAGGAGCAAAUCUGAAUGAUAGUGGAGCCCAAAUUCCUUCCCCCACCAACUGCACCCCACUUCCCCAGGAUAACACCAGCAGCAACCCCAUCUACCAAGUGCUAUAAAGGCUGGUCCAGCUGGGCUGCACUGAAUACAACUUGCUCCAUUUGGCCACACUUGAGACCUGUCUUCUAAGAUUGAAAAGACUUCUUAAGACUUGUUCCAGUUUUCACUCAGUAUCACUCAAAAUUCCUUCAAAUAUAUAACUUUUCAAACCUGUAUUUCUUUAAAAUACACAUAGUUAUUUAUUGGUUGUUAAACUGAAGUUAUUUAAUAUGUCUAGAGAUAAAAUUGUAUACCAUGAAAUGGCCAAUGUUUAAUCUGGGCUGUGGGGAAUAGGAACCUGGCUCUUGAAUGUGGAGGAAAAUAGAAAUCUACAACAGUAGUGGCAUGACAGAUCCUUUCUAUUACUCCUGUUCUGGCCAAAAUAAGGUUGUGGACCAUUUUUUAUAAAACUUUUUGUAUAAUUGUAAAUAAGAGUUGCUUUGCAAUAAAAAAAAACGGAAAAAAAAGGAAA